GCCGCAAAUAUGAAAUAUUUUGAUAAAAAGUGAACACGUCCCAAACGAACUCUUAACCGGGAAAAAAUUAUUCUUAAACGACUAAAUAAUGGCUCAGAAACCUGCGAUAAUAAUAGAUAAUGGUUCGUAUAUUACAAAGGCAGGUUUCGCUGGUGACAAAGCACCCAAAGUUGAAUUUUCAACUCAAGUUGGUAGGUUGAGAGAUUAUUUUGCAGAGGGUAGUUUUGACCCGGUUAAGGCUGGCUUGAAAGAAUGCUAUGUGGGGGAUGAAAUUGACGAAAAGCGAGGAAUACUCCAGAUAAAAUACCCAGUACAACAUGGAGUUAUUGAUAAGUGGGAUGAAAUGGAAAAGUUCUUGCCACAGAUCUGGGAGCAUACAUUUGGUAAACUCGAAAUAUCAUCAACUGAGGAACACCCUAUUUUUCUGACCGAGGCCGCAUGCAAUCCCAAAGCUACCAGGGAAAAAAUGGCAGAGGUGAUGUUUGAAAAAUUCAAUGUUCCAGCUGUUUUUGUGGGCAUUCAAGGUGUCUUAUCAUUGUACGCUUCCGGUUGCAUGGUCGGCACAGCUUUGUCUAUUGGUGGUGGUGUGACCCAAGUAACUCCGGUUGACAAAGGGUAUGCCAUCCCAGGCGCUUCUACAUGUCUCAAACUUGGUGGACACGACUUGCGACAGAAUCUUGCAAAAAUUUUGAUGGAAAGUGGGAAUAUGAUCAACUCCAAGAAUUUCUUGUAUCAGAUGGAAAAAGCAUUGCAGAAGUUCUGUUAUGUGGCUUUGGAUUUUGAUGAAGAAAUGAAAUCAAAUGAAGUUAAGCAGGAGUCAUAUGAGUUGCCAGAUGGUGAAGUAAUCAAACUUCAAGAUGAGAAGUUCAGAUGCCCUGAACUACUUUUCAAGCCUUCCCUCAUGCGAAAUCUCAAUGAGUAUGAUAUUAAGGAAGGAAUUCAUAAAGUGUGCUUUGAUACCAUUGCAAAAUGCGAUUCGGAAAUCCAACCUUUGUUGCACAAAGGUAUUGUGUUAUCUGGCGGAAGCACGCUGAUUCCAGGUCUCGAGAAAAGAUUGGAAAAAGAAGUUCAGGGGCUGGUUCCAACUGGUACAACAGUAGAAGUAAUCGCACCAGAACAACGAAAGAACAGCGUGUGGAUAGGUGGAUCAAUUCUUGGAGGUAUGGCAACUUUUAAAGACAUGUGGAUUACGAAAGAACAGUACACCGACCAAGGUCCAUCUGUUAUGCAAAAGUGCCCAUCAGCAUAGUUACAAAGUGACUUAAUUCUCGAAUAUUUUUCUUUGAUUCAAACUAAAUUAGUAAUCAACCAAAAGCGAGGGACUCUUAUCAUAUACCAAUACCUACCUCUCCCCCUUCUCUGUGGUCUGAAAAUUUAAAAACUUAUAAUAGGAAAUAGUUAAUGCAGUUAUAUUUUGAAG